CAAAGCCCACCUACCAGUGCAAAUUUCCCCUUCCCCACAACCAUACGCGGCGGCGGCGGUGUGUAGACAGAGAAUAAUGGAGGGGAGAGAAGACGACAAGAAGGGCGGCGCCGCCGCCCCCGGCAGCUCAGCGCCGGGGACGAGAUUCAAGAACCUGGUCUCCAGGGAAUACUACAGCCACAAGAAGAAGGUGCACUCUGUAGCAUGGAACUGCAUAGGCACAAAGCUUGCUUCAGGCUCUAUAGAUCAUACUGCCCGUGUCUGGAGCAUUGACCCCCACGGCCAUUCCAAGGUUAAAGACAUUGAACUGAAAGGCCACUCAGAUAGUGUAGAUCAAUUAUGCUGGGAUCCAAGGCAUCCUGACACAGUUGCCACUGCAGCUGCUGACAAGUCAAUUCGCCUUUGGGAUGCACGAAGUGGGAAAUGCCAAGUUGUUGAACUCAGUGGAGAAAACAUCAACAUCACAUACAAACAUGAUGGCACUCACAUAGCUGUUGGAAAUAAGGUUUACAAUAACAGAACAUGGGAGGAUGAGCUAACCAUAGUGGAUGUUCGGAAGCUCAAACCUGUCCACAAACAGAAGUUCCCUUACGAGAUUAAUGAGAUUGCAUGGAAUAAAACUGGAGAUUUGUUCUUCAUCACCACUGGGCUUGGAUUUGUUGAGGUGGUCAACUAUCCUUCCCUUGAUGUUGUCUGCAAAUUAAAUGCCCAUACAGCAGGGUGCUAUUGCAUAGCAAUGGAUCCCCUUGAUAGGUAUUUCGCUGUUGGAAGUGCAGAUUCACUUGUCAGUCUUUGGAAUGUCAAAGAGCUGCUAUGCAUUAAAACCUUCACAAAACUUGAGUGGCCUGUCAGAACAGUUAGCUUCAAUCACACUGGAGAAUUUAUUGCAUAUGCCAGUGAAGAUCCUUUCAUUGACAUUGCCAAUAUUCAGACUGGACGAUCAAUUCAUCAGAUUCCAUGUAAAGCAGCUAUGAAUAGUGUUGAGUGGAACCCUAAAUACAACCUCCUGGCUUAUGCAGGAGAUGACAAGAAUAAGUACCAGACUGAUGACGGUGUUUUCCGAAUAUUUGGUUUUGAAAGCACAUAAUCUGACGCGGACCAGAUUAUCACCAGCAAGUUGUCUAUGUAGAUUCACACAUCUGGCCUUACAAAUGUAAUUCCACUUUUUUGUCGGCUUGAAUGAGGUGUUUGGUUGAGGGACUGGAUAGUGAAUGCACCCUUGUUUGGUUUGAGGUGUAGAAUGUGCACUAAGCUAGUUCUAAAUGAUGGAUUAGGUAAUUUGACCAAAUUUAAGAGAUUAUCCCGUGAUGGACCGAGCUGUGACUGCCAAAGGUGAUUUUCGCAAACCAAACAUCCCAAAACCAAACAGUGUUGUUGUAUUGUACCUUAUGUGGUUACUAGAGAACAACUUGCAUUGUAUCUUAUCCGACAGAACAUUACUGAAACAUAUUAAAGUAAAAUAGAUCAAAUUUUGUA